GAGAUACACAGUGAAGGAGUAACUGACAGUUGUAAUGAUGCCAGGCAGUGACGUCAGCGGUCAGUUGCGAGCCAGAGAAGCUUGGUUAUCGAUUAUAUCAGACGUCAUGAAGGUUUUAUGGGAAAGGGAAAUGAGUUAAUUUUGGACUGGGAGUUGCUUGCUAGUAGGGGAGUGCAUGUCGAUGCCGCAGGUGACAGGUAGAGAGGAUGAGGAGGAGAAGGAGAGAGGAAGAGAUGAAGUGUGUUUAAAAGAAGAGGAGUGUCACAACAACAGCACUGACACUCCUCACUCCACACAGCUAGGGUUAAACUUGAGGCAAUGUGGUAGCACCCCAGAGAUGAGUCCUUCCCCUUCUGGCUUACUGUCUCUGCCAUGGGAGAUGGUUGCACGCAUAGCCUCUCACCUGCCCGCUCAGUGUGUCAUCAACGUCCUGCCUCAGGUGUGCAGGGCGUUGGGGCAGGUGGGUGAGGACAUGUCAGCCUGGCAGCUCCGGGCUCAGCGACUUACAGGCCCCCAAAGUUCCUUCCCAGUUGGGCCGAGGAAUCAUUUCGAUUGGCCCAAAGCGUGCCUUGAGAUGGAACAGUUGAUUGAAUGCUGGGCAAGGCAAGAAGAAAAAGCUGAACCAGAGCAAGGGCUUGAGAUACAAGAGGAAGUGGGUCAGGUUGAAGCUGUUGCAGGAGGAGGAGCAGGACAAGAAGGAGAAGCAGUAGCGAAUGGAGAAGCAGAUGAAGUGGAUGCAGAGAGACAGCCAGGCCCUGCUGGGGAGGAAAACAGACCAGAAGAUGAAGAGGGUCCUGAAAGACAUGCAGAAGAAGAAGAAGAGCGGGAAAAUAAUGUAAUACUCAUCAGAGAAGAGGGAAGAGAGAAUGCUGCCAUUCAGGACGAACACAAUCAAGAACGACUCCAAGAUGGACACCUGGAGCAAGAAGACAGUGGGAUGAAUGUAAAGACAGACCCCGCACCUGCCCUGGAGCACAUCACGCUCUCCUUGGGCCACAUUGCUGAUGUUAACACAGUCCUGCUGGUUGGAGGUGAGGGCUCUGUGUGUGUCUCCGGCUCCAGAGACCGUAAUGUGAACCUGUGGGAUGUGAGAAGGGGCUCGAGCGGGGCGCUGCUGGGCACACUGGGAGCUCGCGGCCGCUACAACAGCACACACCAAGGCUGGGUGUGGUGCCUUGCAGCCAGCGGUGAUCUCCUGGCUUCUGGCUCCUUCGACAGCACAGUGAAGCUCUGGGAUCUGAAUGCCGGAGGCGCAGAGCGGGGAAAGAUCCAGAGCCGCGCGGCUGUGCUCUCUCUCUCAUGCCAAGAUCACAUGCUGUUUGCUGGGUCACAUGACCAGAAAGUGAGCAUUUAUGACACCAGAGCUGCAGAGCCACUGGUCAAAAGCCUUCGUCUCCACAGUGACAUUGUCCUGUGUCUGGCCUCUGAUGAGCAGUACAUUCUGUCUGGCAGCAAAGACAACACAGUGGCUGUGUUUGACCGCAGAGCUGGAAAACCACUGAAGAAGAUACAUCUGAAGUCCUACUUGUUGUCCAUGUCGUACUGCGGGCGAGAGGUGUGGGCCGGAGAUUACCAUGGACUCCUUCACACCUUCUCCAUGCAUGAAGGCUCCUUUAAGUCAAUAGCCCAGUUUAAUGUAGGCCACAGUUCACUGGUGACGGGUGUCCAUCACUCGCCUGGGACUCUUUACACCUGCUCCUCUGAUCGCACGAUUAAGGUUCACCUUCCAUGUGCGCCCCCGAAGACUCUGUGCACGCUUCAUAAUAAAGCAGUAGUGAAUGGGCUGAGUGUGGAGGCAGGGGUGCUGGCUGUAGCCUCUGGUGAUAUGAAUGUGGAAUUGUGGAGGCCCAGACAGUGACGCUCGUAGCAGAGACAGUGUCUGGAGAUAGCGUGCUCACAUAAUCAUCCAAAUGCGCUCUGCAGUUUACUUUUACAUGUGCGUGCUAAGGAAACAUCUGUGUUUAUAGUUAUCAUGUGAGGAAUAAAACUUGUGUGGCGUGAUAUUACAGGAAAAUAAUCAAUGACAGGAUAGUGUGAUGCCACCAUUAACACCCCAAAGUUGAUUAUUUUCUAGUAACAGCACAUCCUGAAGUGUUUUAUUAAUCUUGUACCACAGCAGUUUGCCACUGCUAAGAUUUUUUUAUUUAUUGAAGAAUGACACAUUGUACCUUUCAUUCAUUUAUAGCUACAUUUAAUGUUGUAGAAUGGCCAAGAAACAAGUUCCUGUUAUCACUUAUGAUAUAGCAGCUGUUAACAGUGGCCGAAAACAUCAGCUUUACCUCUGACUGUUUCAAAGCACUGACACUGGAGAUUCUUUUAAUAACCAGAUGCCAGAUUUGCUGUUGAAGAAAUUAACGCAACACUUUCUGGCGAAUCAGAUUUUAAAAUUCAACAGCGCUGUGGUUAUCAAGCUUUAGAAGUGUACAUAAACUACAAGGCCAAAAGUUUGGAUGCAUCACUAAAGUGUCAGAUUUUGGACUAAAUGUCUGAUUCUUAAUUAUAUAUAUGCUAUAUGGCCAAAACCAUCACACCCAUAUGUGCUUGUUAAACAUCCCGUUCCAAAUUUAGCCCCCUUUGCUGUUAUAAUAACCUCCACUCUUCUGGGAAGGCUUUCCACUAGAUUUUGGAGCGUGGUUGUGGGGAUUUGUGCUCAUUCAGCUACAAGAGCAUUAUUGAGGUCAGGCACUGAUGUCAGGUGAGGAGUGUUGCAUUUCAUCUCAUCUCAGAGGUGUUCACAGUGGAGUUGAGGUCUGGGCUCUGUGCAGGCCACUUGAGUUCUUCCACUCCAACCUUGGCAAGCCAUACCUUUACGGACUUCGCUUUGUGCACAGAGGCAUUAUCAUUCUGGAACAGGUGUGGGCCUAUUAGUUCCAGUGAAAGGAAAUUGUAAAGCAACAGCAUGCAAAGACAUUCCAACUUUUUGCAACAGUUUGGGGAAGGCUCACAUAUGGAUAUGAUGGUCUGAUGUCCACAAACUUCAUCAUAUGAAGCAUCAUUUAGGAGCUAAUAGUCGAAAGUGCCUUGUGCAGUUUCAUCAGGAACGCACUGGAUAUUUUACUCCAUGCUUUCAAACAUGGCUACGAAAUGGAAACUCCCCCAAAAAGUGUACCAAGUGGUAAAUAAAGCACAGUUUCUGCCAAAGCAUUAGAGAUUUAUUAGAACCCUCAUUAUAUACACGUCUGAUUCUUACUGGUUCUUACUACUCCUGAAAGCUUGAUUGACUGAAUGUGUUAAAUUAGAAGUCUAUAAAUAAUUACAUUCAGAUCAAUGUACAGGACUGUUAUUGGCAAAGACAGAGCAUAUAGGCAAAACACAUCACUGCAGAUCUGAUGGAAUACUCUGGAAAUAUGUAUUUGGUUAAACUAGAUGUCAAUAAAUAUGGCAUGUUGUGUUCACUGCUAGCCUUGAUUUAACUGUAAAAUGUUUAAAGUAUUGAAAAUGACAUCCAAGAAAAUGAAUCCUACACAAUGCAGAGAUGUUUGUUUAAAAGGGGCAUUUAAAGCUGACAUGUGUGAAGCUUUUCUAAAAAGUGCUCUUGGAGAUUAACAGUGUGGGGGUGGGAUGAAAUUAUAUUCCUUCACAGGAAUUCCAGCUUCAUAUCUGUAUCUCUGUCAUUUUCACUUUCUUCCAAAAUAAUUUCAUUGUGGUGAAGCAGUUUACUUGGUUUAAAUCUUGUAAAAACACUGCUAUUCAUCCUGCAUUAAGGCUGAGUAGACAUCUUUUCACAUUCUCUGUCCAGUAAUCAUUACCCAUUAAUGAUUAAAACACUAAUCAUUAAGAUGAAAUAGCUUUUUUUCUUUUACUGUAAAUCUUAAAUAAGUGGGUAUUGCUUAGUCUCUUACUCUCUUACAUGUUCCUGUGCACAGUAGUAUUUUCCUCAGUUCCUGUUUGUCAUCUUAAACCUUCCAAUGUGUGUGUGUG